AUGCGUGCUUGGCUCUUAUUCGGCGCCGUGUCCGCCGCAGGUGGGAUAGCUCUAGUGAGUGCCGAUGUCAUCGAACCAUCAAAUUUCAAUGUUACCGAAGAACUGCUGAAGCUUGGAGUGGACGUGUCAAGUAUUCCUGCCUUAAAAUCAUUUAGUGGCACCAAGACGAGGUCAACUGCAGGUGCAUGUGCCGCGGAAUGCGGGAGCUUGAAGUUUCUCUUCGGAUCACAACAAGUCAAUGCGCAAAAUACGACCCUCUAUAAAAAUUUCACGAAUUCUUUCUGGUCCGAGCAGCAGGAACAAGUUCAGCCCUAUUGUGUCUUCCGGCCAUUGGUGAAUAGCCAAGUCAGCAUAGUGGUCCUGUUGUCUCUGUUUACUGGCUGCCCAUUCGCCGCAAGAAGUGGUGGUCAUGCGGCCUUUUCGGGUGCUUCUAGUAGUGCUGGAGGAAUCAGUAUUUGGUUCAAGGAUAUGAACGCGGUAACGCUCAAUGUAGACAAGUCGGUCGCUUCAAUUGAGCCUGGUAACAACUGGCUGUCAGUCUAUUCAGCACUUGAGCCGUACGGACUAGCUGCUGUUGGCGGUCGUGCCGCCAGCAUCGGUGUUGGUGGCUUUGUAUUGGGUGGUGGAAUUUCGUAUCAUUCCAACUUGUAUGGAUGGGCCCUUGAUAAUGUCCAAAGCUUCGAGGUUGUCACUGCAACUGGUCUCAUCGUCACUGCGAGUGAGACUGUCCUGCCUGACUUGUACUGGGCCCUCCGCGGUGGCGGAAAUAACUUUGGUCUCGUCACCAAGUACAACGUCUAUACUAUUCCUUGCCCAACAAUGCGAGGAGGUUCCAGAAUAUUCACCGAAAACUAUUUCACAGAAGUCGUCAACGCCUUCAUUAACGUCGUCAACAACGCCACUAUGGACGGAAAAGCUCAGCAAUACGUGGCAUUCCUUCAGAGCCAAGGUACAAAUAUCGCUACAGCUGAACUAACUUACACGGAGGAUGUUGCCGACCCGGUGAUCUUCCAGCAAUACCGAAACAUUCCGGCCAUUGCCGAUUCUACUAGCACCAAGACACUUGUCGAAUACGUCAAGUACCUUGAAGCCGACAAUCCAUUCCGAUACCGCGAAGUGUACUGGCCGAUUGCCGUGCAACUCAACGAAGAGUUCAGCAAUUGGGUCGUGGAACUAUUCAUUUCAUUGAUUCCGCAGGUGAUCAACCUCAAGGGUGCAAACCCGGUGAUCAUUUAUCAAGGUAUAACCGAGCCAAUGCUGCAGAAUAUGACCAAAUAUGGCGGCAACGCUCUGGGGCUCGAUGCUUCUACGGGCCCGAUUCAUCUCAUGCACGUCUCUUUCUGGUGGGACGAACAAUCAGACGAUGACACAGUCUAUGAGUGGGUUCACAGCUUCUGGACCCAGGUUAUUGCAAAGGCCCAAGACAUGGGCAUCUACAACGAGUACAUCUACAUGAAUUACGCCAGCAUGUUCCAAGACCCGAUCACUGGUUAUGGUGAGGCCAACAAAGACCGCCUACGGAAGAUCGCCAACGUGUAUGAUCCAAGUGGGGUCUAUCAGACUCUUCAGCCUGGAUACUUCAAGCUCAAUGGACCGCCAGUGACCUAUUCUCUCUAG